UUAGAAGACAGGAGUCGAGUGAGUUUACUGUACAGUAAUGUAAGCUGGAUUCCUAAAUUUGGUUUCGAUAUUCUUUCUAAAUUAACCGCUGGAAAAGAAUAUGAUAAACGGAAGGCUACAGAUUCAUGUAAAACGGGACAGAACCACCUUGAGAACCAUAUUAACUUUGGCUGCAGCACUAGAUUUCUAGUAUUGAAAAGACGGAAGGUAGUUUUUCAUAAGAUGAGCGCACAACAGUUUCCGCGACCUGGAGUGCCUUCUGGCUUGGGACAAGCCCUGUUGUCUGGGGGCAGUAAUACCGUUAUUCCUGGAAACCACUCAAGCUCAGUGGGAGCUGAAGAGAGUAGCGGUGAUGCUGACCACGGUACCCGGGAUCACCCGUCCAGCACCGGUGGGCCGUUGCCCUUCCGUGAUGACAAGCAGGAGAUGGUGGUGGUUCGGCCCUACCCGCAGGUCCAGGUCCACGGGCAGCCUCUAGCCCUCCCCCAGCACAUGUCCAUUCAGCCUGCCACGCCCGUGACAGUGUCGACUCCGCCCGCCCACCUCCCCCAGGGCCUGCCCCUCGCCUUCACAGAGGGACCCAUGAAGGGUGCCCUGAAGACAGCCAUAUCCAGCCGCUUAAUAGCGCCCGCGCCAGCUUCUGACCAGGGGCACCUGGCUGUGCAGCCCAAGGUGCCAGGCCAGGUCUCUGUCACCAUGGACAAUAGCAUGCCACCCGCGUCAGCUAUACCAGUGGCAACUAUCAGUAGCCAGCAGGGCCACUCCAGUAACCUCCACCACCUGAUGGCGGCUAACAUGCAGAUCAUUCGGAGCAGCGCGCCCGCGCUACAGAUAACGUCCUCCGCAGCUCCUCCGCACACCUUCACUUCCCACCUACCCAGAGGAGCAGCUGCAGCAGCUGUGAUGUCGAGCUCCAAAGGGCCUACGGUUCUGCGCCCUGCUACAGGGCCAGGCACAGGCGGCCCGCCCGCUGUACAGCACAUCAUCCCCCAGCCCAUUCAGUCCCGUCCUGCCGUCACCACAUCCACGGGGGUGGCCCCGCUCACAGCCGCCAGGCCCCAGUCCCCUGUCAUCACCACGGCCGUCACGCACGCCGCAGAAGUGGCUCAUGGACGCCCAGGGCUGACCAUUCACCACCAGUCAGGCACCAUAAGCAUCCAGCGGCCUCCCCCGUCCAGAGACACGGCCACCCGCAUCAGCCUGCCCUCCCACCCCGCCCUCGGCGUGCAGAAGGCCCAGCCGGCCCACCCCAUGGCGCAGAAGCCCAUCUUCAGCCCUGUGACUCCUGUCGCUGCAGCAACAGUGGCACCCAUCCAGGUCACCAACACCGCCCCGUCGACCACCGCCACAGGCUCUUCGCCCCACACCCAGAUGACCACCAGCGGUAUUGUCACCAUGACAAUGCCUCCUCAUUCCUCUCAUGCCACAGGGGUCAACACCUCCACCAUACCCGUGGCCAAAGUGGUCCCCCAGCCCAUCGCACACACCUCCCCGCGCCUCCACGCUGACUACCCCGGAGAGAGGGGCAACCUCAUCCCCAUCUCCGCCCACCGCUCCUCCCCCAACCCCGUCGCCGUGGAAGCCAGGAGCGACAACAGGCAACCGGUGCCGAUGCAGUUCCAGUACAUCCUGCCCACAUACCCGUCCUCUCCGUACACGCACACCUUCAAGCCCAUCACCAGCUCCGUCUCGGGCAUACGCCAGUACCCAGUGACCCCCCAGGCCCCUAGCCCGGCCCUGCCCGCCCAGCCCGGAGUGGGAGUGCCUUCCGCGGUCCACCUCAACCCCAUGCAGCUGAUGACAGUAGACCGCAUCGGCCUGCAACCCACGCAGAUCAGCGCGCAGGCCCUGCAGACCGUGCCCAUGGGGGCCCAGAGCAUCCCACCCCCGCCCGCUGGAGCCCAGGGCCUGCACAGCCCCGGAGUGAUCGCCGCGCAGCAAGCGCCCGUCAGCUCCCAGCAGCCGUCUCAGACCGAGCCGAAGGCUUCAGUGGUUCUGGCAGACGGCGCCGCCCUGGUGGGCAACCCCCUCGGCGUGGCCUUCGGCGCCUUGCAGCCCGUCACCACGGCGAUGCAGAGCGGCGUCACCAGCGCCCCGGCGCCCGUGUCCUCGCCCCGGCCCAGCAUCCUGCGCAAGAAGCCCACCAACGACGGGUCUGCUGUUCGAAAGUCCCUGAUCCCCCCUCAGCCGAGUGAGGUCACAGGCUGCAGAGCGGACAGUGCGUCACGAAGCACGUCAGGAUCCCCGCGACCUGCUGGUGUGAAAGUUACGGCCGACGUCCACGUGACCGUCGUUCCCCCGGCGACGGGCCCUGUGGAGGCCCCGCCCACUCAGCCCGGCGAGGUGCAGGGCGCCCCCUCCCCUGCCCACCACCUGACCCAGUCUGGCCUCGCCCUCCGGCCGAUGGCCACGCCCCCCUCCCAACCCGCUGCCACGCUGUCUGCCCUUCCCGCCCCGCCCGUCCCCACCUCAUUGACCAACGUUGUGGCCCAACCCACCCCGUCUGCAGCCGUUGGCACAGCAGCAGCUUCUAUCUCCGUCCAACCAGAGCCAAAGGUCAAGCAGGAGGCGGAGCCUAUGGACACUUCACAACCAGCGGCCCCCAUUCCUACCUCUGCGCCCCCGGCUCCCCCGGGCGGGGCCCUGAGCUUCUCCGUGGGGGACCCCAUCCUCGGAGCCUCCCCCAGGAAGAAGCCCCGCAAGCAGCAGCACGUCAUCUCCACCGAGGAGAGCGAGAUGGUGGAGGCCCACAGCACCGAUGAGGACCGGUCCUGCCCCCGGCCCCCGGGCGUCGGCCACAAGCGCAAGACCCCGCCCAAAGAGUACAUCGACGAGGAGGGCGUCCGCUAUGUGCCGUCGCGCUCACGCCCCCCCAUCACCCUGCUCCGGCAGUACCGUAACCCUUGGAAGGCAGCCUACCACCACUUCCAGAGAUACGCUGACAUCAAGGUCAAAGAGGGGAAAAAGGGCACGCUUCAGGACAUGGCCAGUCAGAAGGGAGUGGCCUGCAGAGCGCAGGGCUAUAAGAUCCGCCUGUGCGCCGCACAGCUCCGGCAGCUGAUGAGUCUGGAGCACGAUGUGUACAGCCGGCUCACCACUCUCCAGGAAGGCCUUAUCCCAAAGAAGAGGGCGGGGGCGGACGACGACUUGCACCGCAUCAACGAGCUCAUCCAGUGCCUGUUGCUGAAAUCUCUGCUGUCGAUUUGGGAGAGCGCAGAUGAGCAUUCUUCCUGCUCCUCAGCACGUGAUGCCAAGCACCAGUUCUCAUCUCACCUCAGCUUGUUUGCACAGUCAGGGAAACAUGCAGCGCUGCAAGCUGGUGAUGGACCAGGUCACAGAGGCCCGCGAAGCCAUGAUGAAGGUCCUGGACCACAAGGACCGGGUCAUGAGGCUGUUGGGCGAGAACGGGACCAAGAAGAGCUCCAAGCUGAAGCUCAAGGAGCGGACGUAGAGCUCGAAGCUCUGCUGGGCUGCUGCUUCCGCCGUGUACAACAGUCCUACCUGCCUGAACCGGAGUCAACCCACAGCCGGAGGAACAGAGGCUCAGGUCCAACUCACGCUCCGAUUGGGCGGAUAUACUUCAGCAGCGCUUACACCUAAAACUGGGCCUUUUUUGUUUCCUUUUUAGUUUUUACUUUUAUUAAGGCAUGUGCAACAAGUUAAAUGUUUGAAACCAAGCAGGUUGGUGUCUCUGCUCCUGUCACCAGCUCUGUUUCAGCGUAGCCUCACAGUUGCGACAGACGGAAAGGAUUUUUUAAACCCAUUUCAGUGCCUUGGAUUGUGUGUGUUUUGUUUGGCGGCGAUGAGAAAGGUGGCUGAGAGUACAGGGGCAAGGCGGUAAAAUGUAAGAGAGUGUUGUUAAAGGGGUGUGUUACGGACAGCCUAGAUUACCCUGUGUUUUUACCCUUAAGGUUAUGUUCCACCGAACACGCAUCUUUGGUGUUCCAGAUCAUUUCAGAGUUUCAUACUUGAAUUAUCAAGAGGUAUGGACUUGAAAAGAUAUAUCCGACAAAAAUGUAAAUUAGCUCAUUUGCGUACUGCAUUCAAGAUGACAAAUGACAAAUUUGUAGCUGUUUAUAAUCUGUUUUUGUUUGAAGAUUGUUUUAAGCCAUUUUUUUAUCACCAGUAAUAGUAAUUUUUCGAGAAAUUUCAGGUCUGUAGGAAAAUUAAGAAAUUUCAGGCUCUAGCAAUGAAAUAUGUGAUGCUGUACCAGCGCCUAAAGCUUAUAACAAAAAUAAUUGGCUCAAAACACUCUCCUGGAUAUGGAGUAAAGGUUUGCAAAGUUUCUGUAAUUUGAGAAACUUGACUACAAAGAUAGAAAUGGUCAAUAAUUAUGCUAAUUUCACCAUACACAAAGCUUAAUCAUUCAAACGGUGGUAUUAUCCUGAAAGUUUAAAAUUUGCGGGAUGAUUUGCAGCAGUAAACGGAAAAAGGUCAAUUUCACAGAAAAUCCACAGAUUUGUUUCAGUGGAACAGGACCUUAAGUUAUGACAGCAAUGAAAUGUGUUCUUAUUGUGUGUGAAAUAAGAAGGGCUAACUAGGGGGAGCUAGAGAGCUAGUGUCUCUUUUCAUUGGCAACUGGAUGAAGUAUCUGUUUAAAGGAUUCCUCAGUGCUAAAGUAUCAUGCACUGAGUGAAUCACGUUUGAGGCACAGGAGGUAAUCUUGUCUGUCCUGUAUUAUGUGUGCUUCGUACACUAAUUUCAACUGCACUGAAGUCAGCAGGGGAGUUCCAUCUCUGUCUUCGAAGCCACUGAUUAAUUUUGGAAGACAUAGUGUUUACAGAACCGCAUUUGUUUGAGACUAUAAAGCUGAAUUAUUACAAUUCGGGACUUCCAGGUCCAUGGAAUGAACUUUGUAAGUUUAUUUGAGUUAAUGUUUGGGAAAAGCACUAGUCUGCUGGAUUUUUUUAAAAUUAUUAUCGGGGAAAAGUAUUGGAAUUGGAGAACAUUGUAUUCGAAUGCAGUGCUCAUUUUAUCCCUAAAGGUACCCAAAUUCUGGUUCUUACUCUACCCUUAGGUUGCCAAAUUAAUGGAUAUUACAAUGGCGCAUGGUUGGCCAAUGCUUCUUUUAAGUGGAAUUGUGGGUAUUUCAUAGGUCCUGGUAAAUUUCCCUGUCAGUGAAGUUUAUAUGGUACCAGCCUCUUUAUUACCCAUUUUAUUUCUCUUUUUUAAAUUAUUAUUAUUUUUUAAUGGGACACUAUCUGUAGGCCUUUCUCAUAGCUGCAGCAGCCCCUGUCAGUUUGGGAGAUUAGACUUCAUACGCUGCUGUUGCGUGACAGAACGAGAACAGUCCAGCCAAUUGAAACUCUCCUUCCAUUUAUCCGCCAUCUUGCAAGUUUUGCAACCACAUUGGAUUCAAUACUAGACCAUGGGGCGCAUUCCGCCCUGAAACCUGGUGCUAAGAAAGGGCCCUCAUUUCCGCUGAGUUUCAAUUAUUCUUACUUAUUUGACUUUGGUCAAGCGUAUUCCUGGCUGAGCAAAAUGGACGUAUAUUCGGAAAAAUGUCAAGUCUGAUAUUUUCUUCUGAGGUGUAGAGGUUGUUAUUGUCAUAGGCCUUGAGUCUGAGCUGAUAUAAUCUCACACUGUGACUAUCUGAGAAAGGGAGUCAUGUUACCAAAUUGGUUGAUUUUUUUUAUUUUUUUAUUUUUAUGAAAUUGUUUGAUUUCAACCCUGGGCCUGCAUUUGGAUGGAUCCUCAAUAGUGAUUGUGUUUUAAAGUAAAAAUAUUCAUUGUGUUAAGUGGUCGCUUGUCAGUUACCAAUUUCAACAGUUACACAAUUGCAUUAAUUGUUUCAGAUGUAAAAAAAAUGUUUUUAUGAAUGAAAAUUCCUUUGAGUUUUCUUCCUUUUUACUGUAUGAAGCGGGUGACGACUUUUCGUCUUUCAAGUUGAUUCUGUGCUAAGUAUGACAUUUUAUCACAUUCUUUUAUAUCAUCUUGGAGAAACAUUUUGUAUAUAGUUUUCCUUUAUUGUGAGAUUGUAAUCCAUUAUUACAGUAAAGAAUACGUUGUACAUUAUCUCUGUGUGGAUUUUUAAAAUCUAUUUUCUAUAUGGUGGUGCCAAUUUUUAUUAUGCUCUGUAUAACAAUAUUUAAUUUUUUGCACUUUGUCACUUGUCAUCUGUGACACAUGCCUUUGGAUCAGAAAUACUCUCUAUUAAUGACCUUGUACAAACAGAAUACACAUUUUUAAGUUAUUCAUAAAGAACAAAGAAAACAAA